AUGCACGCUUCAAAGAUCUUGGCGACCUUCGUCGCAAUGGGGGUUCACGUUGUAGCAUACAACAACAACUGUGAGGGCUCCGGUGCAGCAGGCAUUGCCCUCAUUCCUCAGAACUGCAUUAAUGCGAAGAAUGCCAUCGAUACUUCGGCGACAUACACCGACGGUACCGAGUUCAGCAAAGGCAACUGCUACGUGAAGUACGCGACCAACGGCAGCGGAGACCAACCUAUCUCAGGCCAAGACAUCGUGAAUACCAUGACUACCAUUAUGGACAGCUGUGACGUGGGGAUUGGCAGUUUUGGCACGGGAAACUGCGAUAGUUGCCACGUGACCAUCAAUUACAGGGCAUGA